UUCAGCUCCCUCCAAAGAUGUUCUAUUGGGUUCAGGUCUGGAGACUGGCAAGGCCCGUCCUCCCUAUUCCCCCAGCAGUGCCCUCCUCUCCCCUGGAACAAGACACGGCGGCAGGCUCACAGACAGUGGGACAACAGCCAGACAGAGAUGAGGACUUUAACUCCCCUAUCCCCCCAACCCUACCACAGAAGGGCUCACCUACCCAAACCAGGCUGCCAUUUGGUAAGCCCACUGUUUUUACUCCCCUGUCAAUCCGCAGACCCUUUCGCCAUAUGAACACGCUCAACAAAACAAGGGACUGGAGGAUCCAGCACAAAAACAAAACCGUCAUCUUGGGGGACUCCAACCUCUCCAGGAUGUCUCCCUUCGACAUGAUGGACCUCCAGAUUGACAGCUAUCAUGGGGCCACUUUCAGACACGCAGAGGUCAUACUGACCAAAUCCAAACCUUCCCCCUUGGUUCAGAAAUUGGUCCUAUCUUUUGGGAUUAAUAACAAGGCACAACUGCCAGAGAAGUCUUCCAUCAAACAACUACAGGGUGCUGUCAGGGCAGCUGGGAGGGCCUGCCCUAAUGCACAAAUCUUUGUCCCCUUUAUUAACAUUUCUUCUAACCUACCACAGCAGGAGAGAGACCAUCUCUCAAGACUGAACGAGCACAUCACCAAGCACUUCCUCUCCAUCCCAAAACUGCCUGAGGAGCUGUUUGACGUCGAGAGGGACAACGUCCACUGGUCCCACCAGACAGCACGACGCCUACUGGUGUACAUAUUUAAACAUUGACAUUGACCGGAUGACAGUGUUCUGCCUCCUCCCGCACCACUUCAGUUGGGUUGCAAAGUCCAGUGUGAAGACCUUCUUGAACACAUACCACACGGUUUGCUUAACAUUCUGUCCCCGGUUGAGGACAACUUUGAGGUCACGAUGAACGAACUGGUAAAAGGUUUGGUAUAGUAUCAACAACUGAGGUACAAGCAGGUAGGAAAAGCCGACCAUGCUGAGACCUGUUUUUACUCCUCUGCAAAGCAUAACUAUAAGCUUCAAACUUGAAAUGCAUAA